UUCCUCGUAAUUUCCGAUUACUAGAAGAACUUGAGAAAGGCGAAAAGGGUAUUGGCGACGGUACGUGUAGCUACGGACUUUCAAAUGGAGAUGAUAUAUAUAUGAGCGAUUGGAACGGCACGAUCAUAGGACCCGGUCAUACCAUUCACGAAAAUCGUAUUUAUAGCUUGAAACUUCACUGUGAUGAUAAUUACCCCGACACCCCGCCGACCGUUCAUUUCCUUUCCAGAAUCAAUUUGCCAUGCGUAAACCAGCAAACGGGAAAGGUCGAACCCACUAAAUUAAGUUGCCUUGCUAAUUGGAAGAGAAGUUACAAUUUAGAGACUGUAUUGACAGAAUUACGUCGUGAGAUGGCGAACCCACACAAUAAGAAACUGCCUCAACCCCCGGAAGGCUCUGUUUUCUAG